UUUUCAAAGGAAGCCCAAAGCGGACCCCAAAGAGGAAAAUCUUCAGUCAACUAACGAUGCUUUCCUGCUAAAAAACCAUCUCACCUGUCUUCACCAAGAAGAUAACCAGAGAAAAUUAAACAUCCAAAUGUUAGACAGAACCCUUGAAGAAUGAGCUGCAUCAUCAUCAAGCCUCAUUUCUUCCAAAAUUUCCUCUUCUUCGGCUCUUUAGCCCUGUUUGUUACAAACUUUGCCGUAGCUUUUGACGUCCUAACUUCAACAGAGCCCCUGACCAAAGACCAAACGUUAGUUUCAUCCGGUGAAAAUUUUGAAUUAGGCUUCUUCAGACCUGGAGAUUCAAACAAAUGGUAUGUUGGAAUAUGGUACAAGAAGAUACUAACGAGCAAGACCAUUGUUUGGGUAGCAAACAGAGACAAUCCUCUGACAAACUCAUCUGGGCUGUUGAAGAUUGGUGAUGAUGGCAACAUCCAAAUUCUUGAUCAAGCUGCAAAUACAAUAUGGUCCUCAAAUCUAUCCAGGGUAGGCAACACUGUAGCACAGCUGCUAGACUCUGGAAAUUUCAUACUACGUUACACAGACGACGCUGAUCCUGAAAAUUAUCUCUGGCAAAGCUUUGAUCACCCCACUGAUACAUUGUUACCUGGGAUGAAGCUCGGGUGGGACGCGAAAACUGGCCUAAACAGAUACUUGACAUCAUGGAAAAAUGCCGAUAAUCCAUCUUCAGGUGACUACAGUUUUGUGCUUGAUAUUCAUGGGUUCCCCGAAUGUUUCUUGAUGAAUAAAGGCAACAAAUCGUACCGCAGCGGACCCUGGAAUGGCCUCAGAUUUAGCGGUGUCCCAGAAAUGAAGGCCAGUAGUCCUGUCAUGACCUUUUUAUUUGUGAACACUAAAGACGAGGUAUAUUACUCAUUCGAGUUGCAUAAUGCAUCAUUGUAUUCAAGAUUGGUUGUGUCUUAUAGUGGAAGUCUUCAGAGAUUUACUUGGAUAGAUGAUAGCAAAAUAUGGAACCUUUUUUGGUACGCCAGAAAAGAUCAGUGCGACGCCUACAAAGAAUGUGGAAAUUAUGGUGUAUGUGACACAAAUGCUUCGCCAGUUUGCAAUUGUAUGCAGGGAUUUGAGCCCAGAAAUCCACAGGCUUGGAAUCUGAGAGAUGGAUCCGAUGGAUGUGUCAGGAAGCAUAAAUUGGAUUGUGGGAAUGACGGGUUUUUGUCACUGCAUAACAUGAAAUUGCCGGAGAGUUCUAGCACGCUUGUGGUCUCCGGCAUGAGUUUAGCCGACUGUGAAACGAUGUGCCGGAAAAAUUGUUCUUGUACGGCUUACGCUAAUUCGAAUCUUACAGCUGGUGGUUCUGGAUGUGCUAUUUGGGCCACGGACCUUCUUGAUAUGAGGCUGUAUGCGGCGGAUGAAGGUGGCCAAGAUCUGUAUGUUCGGGUGGCAGCUUCAGAUUUAGGUACGUUUCUUUCAAUAUAAUUAGCUGCAAAUUUUGAUGCGUUCGGUUCAAUUUUUGCCAGAAAGUUGGACUAAUUUGUCUUCGGCCAUAAAUGCAUUGCCUAUCAAAUUAUAAUUGCAUUAGCCGUCCAUUAUGUUUCA